UGACUGUUAUAAGUUAUAGUAAAAAAUGGCUCUCAAGAUUUUCUUUCUACUCAGUUUGUUAACUGCGUACGUCGUCAGUGAUACCUGUGUCACGUACGAUUUCGAAGAAAACUUCGACAAUUUAUUUAGUAGCCAUGGUACGUGUUCAAACAUACCUUCAUCUUUAUGGACUAUCAAGGAGUACAGCGACUUCAGGUUAGCCAGUCCAAACGACCACAGUACUAAAUUCAUAACACCUUCAGUACAUGGCCAAGUGAAUUGUAUUUCAUCAUUCCACCUGACGAUGCACUCCGGUGGUGUAUUUGAAUUCAACGUCUACGUAGAACCAGCAGAAAUAGGCGAUCACAUACAAAUUAUGGCCUUUUCUGACGAACCUGACAGUUUUUCGACUAUAACAGGAUUGUCCUUUAUAAAUUAUUUUACUGGAUGGCACACUGCGAGUUUUUCUGUAGUUGGUGCUGCGUCUUAUAGAGGAUAUAUUGCUCUAUUUAGCAUGGCAUCUCCCAACGCUACAAUUUUGGUUGAUUCAUUCCACUAUACACCACCUGGAGUGGAUGGAAGUUCAUGCCAGAUUUAUUCAAGCAAAAUGGUUCUCAAGACCUUUAUACUAUUCAGUUUCUUCGUUUCGUGCGUAAUCAGUGAUUCCUGUGUCACAUACAAUUUUGAAGAAGGGUUCAAUGACUUAUUUGGUUACUACGGCUCAUGUAACUCUUUUCCUUUGUGGCGACUCAGCGAUUACAAGAGUUUGCCUUUGAACACUCCGAAUGAGCACAGUACUAAAUUCAUAACACCCGAAACCAGUUGGAUAAGUUGUGCGUCCUCAUUCAAUUUCACAAUGAAUGCGGGUGGUUCGAUUGAAUUUAACAUUUACAUGGAACAAACAGACAGCUUAGAUCAGGUGUAUCUUAUGGCUUAUCACAUCGGACCCGAUGGCAUUGAUUUUGUAAUAGGAAUGGAAGUUGUAAGACAUCAGACUGGAUGGGACACUGUGAAGAUGCCUUUAGGCGGCCCAAGGACAUUUACUGGUUACGUUUCCAUUUUCGGCUAUUCGGCUCGUAACUCUAAAGUACUGAUUGACUCAUUCCGCUACAUACCACCUGGAGUGGAUGCGAGUUCGUGCCAGAUCUACGGAUAAUCAACUACACGACCGUUGACAACGACCUCCGAGAUAAAGUUAGCUGACCCAAAACUCUUUAAGCAACCAAUGAUGAAGAAGAACUUAUAAUGCAACCAUGACUUUUUAUGAAUUUUCUGUAUAAAAAGUUAUGAAUGUCAGUAA